AUGUUUCUCUACCAACUACUCAACUUUUUCUUUGUAGCUUCCAAAAAGGAGGACAACUCUAAAUAUGACUUGUCCCUAUACAAGCGUGGGGAUCUCUUAGAAGUCCCCAGGACGUUAUUCACCCAUUUUGGUAUCUACUUGGGUGACAACCGUGUGGCUCAUCUCAUUCCGGACAUCCUGCCUGUGAUUACCAAGAAUACAUCUGCAAUUGCCAAGAUGGUAACAAAUAACCGUUUGCUGCUUGGGGUUAUCACUAAGGUUGCCAGCGUCAGAGUGGACUCUGUGGCAGAUUUUGCUUAUGGCUCAGAAAUUCUGAUCAACCACAUGGACAAAGUGUGCACCAAGCCUCCGUUGGAUGGGGAUGAGGUGGCUCGAAGGGCUGAGAAACUCCUGGGCUCUGUCACCUACAGUUUACUGUGGUACAACUGUGAACACUACGUCAUGUACUGCAGAUAUGGCAUGGCUAUCAGCUACCAGACGUACCAGUUCUGCACGACAGUGAGGAAGAUUGUCUGCAGCAGGAUGAGUGCCUAUCUGACAGCGCUGUGUGGUGUGGGAAUCAUGCUGUAUCUGGGCUGCGUGACGCCACUGACCAUUUUACCAACUCUGCUCAUCUCAUUCACCAUCUGGAUGGCGGCUUAA